GAACGCAAUUUCAAACUUGGCGGAGUGUCAUUGACGCCUUGUUGUCAAACUGACACGAUUUCGCCAAGAUGAUGCGGAAAUCUAAUUUAGGAACAGGGAGUGUGCAGCGGCCAGGUGCCCUGAAACCUCGAAAUACAGACAAUACUCCUAAUAACAGAUGGAGUUCAGGACAGCAGACAAGGAAAUCAUACCUUCCCAAAGCCUCACAGCCGGACAGUGCCAAGAGACUAGCCAGCAGAAGUAAACGCAUCAGUGCUGAAGGAAUCAGCAGACUCUCCAUAGCUUCAGGAAGGUUUACCCCCACUCGCAACAAUGCCAUGUCCUCGAACACAUUGGCUCCUCCUCCAAGUGUCAGCAGACUGUCAAUGGAUUCGGUUCGUAACUCGAGCAUGGGAGGGAAAGUGAGGAAGGAGAUCCGCCCCAUCACAGACUCCAAUUUCAAGAGUCAGUGUGUGGACAAAAUUCUGGACUUCCUUGUCAGUAGGGGCUAUGAACACCAGCUUCAGCGAAGGACACUUCUCACGCCAUCCACAAAAGAUUUUGCAAAUAUAUUCAAUUUUAUAUACAGGCACCUCGAUGGUCAAUACAAUUUGCCAAAUAGAUUUGAGGAGGAAAUUCCUCGCCUGUUAAAGCUUUUGAAAUAUCCAGUGCAGAUGUCAAAAUCAUCCUUCAUUACAGUUGGGUCUCCCCACACAUGGCCCUCCGUUCUGGCUAUGCUGGCAUGGUUGGUUGAUGUGGUGAAUAUGUAUGACUACAUGAACCCAAUGCCCAUUGCCUUUCCAAGUGAUUUUGACAGCGACAUCAAUCUUGCCAAGUCUAGGUUUACUACACUGGUCGAACUUGCCAACUGUGAUGAUGACACAGAAAAAUUUGAGGCUCAGUUAGAGGAGUACAGGCAUUUACUAGAGCAAGCACAAGGUGUGAGGGCACAGGAUCUUUUGCAAAUUCAGGAGGAAGAUGAAAGGGUUGAAGACAUGGUGAACAACCUGAGCAAUGGACCAGAAAGACUACAGCAGUUACAUCAUCAAUACACUCAGCUUGUAGAUGAUAGUGAAAAAAUGUCAGAUUACUGCAGAGAGCUGCAGGUACAUAUUUCUGCAAAGGAUGGUGAUCGAUCACAGUUGGAAUCAAAACUGGCUGAACUAAGAUCUAUUAAAAUGCAGGUUUUUGAGGAAGUUUCUCGGUUGGAAACUCUGAAGGAACAGCAGGCUUUGAAUGUAGGGGAGUUGGCAAGAUUUAAGAACCAUGCAAAUGAUGUGGCUACCAUUAUCUCACAGCUCCAAGCCCAGGGCAAGGACCAAGAUUCUCAGGUAUGGUCACUAGAGAUGGAAUUGGGCAAAGCUCAGUCAAAUCUCUGUGAAAGUAUAUGUGCCUAUAACAAACUGGUCCACCAGCUGGACCUUCCUGAAGAAUAUGAAAUUUCUUCAGCUGAUGUAGCUGAGAAUAUCCACCACUGGCAGACUACACUACUUGAUGAGCUGCGGAGUAAGAAGAAGGAAGCAAAACAUGGCAUGUAUGAGGCACAGAACCAGCUAAUCCGAAAGGAGGAGGAAAUUAGUAUGGUUAAUGAGAUGCUGCUUGACAAAAAAGACCAAAUGACAAAGCUUGAGAACAAGUUGCGAAGAUUGGAAGAUGAUGUUGUAAUGACAAAGAAUGAAAUUGCUACUGAGGAGAAGGAGAUGCAGGCUGAGAGUGAUCGGUUACACCAGCAAAACCUGGAGGCACGGAAGACACACAAAGUUUCCCUCUAUCAGAAGCAGUGUGCAAUAGAGCAAGCCAAGGAGGAGUCAGAGAAUUUCAAGACCAGUAGCAAGGAACGUAUGCGUUCUGGUGCAGAGUUCCUAGUCCGCGUGUGCCAUGCAUCCCUGGAGCACCUGGAGUGGCAGCAGAAGGAAGCCCUAAAGCACAAGAUCACUGUGGAGAAUGUGACAAGAAAACUUGUGGAAUCUUCACUUACUGAAAACAGAGACUAAGAGGGAGAAAAAAUGCUGACCCUGUGCCUAGAAUCUUAUUUUAUUUUUUGUAAUGUAUUUAGGUUGGCCUGUCAAGGAAUACUUGUUUGCAUAAGAACUUUGUCUUUAUCUUUGUUGUCUUUGCCCAAAUUUUAAGCUUAAGGGUAUGGCAAGAUAUUUUGCAGAACUGCAUAUAUGAAAAGAUGUAUGUGAUUCCCCCUACCUGUUCUAUACAAAAGGAUUUCUUUAUUCUUGUAUAUCUGUCUCAUUACUGGUCAUUACUGUAUCCUUGGUAUGGCUGUGUGUACAGUUUCAUUUCUUUCAUCUUCUGUAAUUUCAUUUUUUACAUUUCAUCUGAUUUUGGGCAUUAUUGGGAAUAUAUUUAGAGUACUGUAUAGGAAUUUAGGCUUAAAUAUGCUCUUGCAGUCUACUAAAAGUGUCACUUAUUUACACCAGUGAUUUUCUUUUUCUUUUUUUUUUAUAGCAUAGGAUCAAAAUUGUUGGGUAAAAGUAUAUAUUCAAGGUUUCAAAACUGUUACCUUCAUUUUAAUUGUUUCAUUAUUAUUAACUUGUUUAUUUUAUUUUUUUUUAUUUUUUUUGAUUGUCAGGAAAAAAGUAUGUAGUCAGUUUUUCAAAACUAAUACCUUCAUAUCAAAGAGCUAGCAUAUUAUCUUAUUUUUUUAUGGAGUAUUGAUAUUCUUUCUAUGUAGGGAGUCCAUACUGUAUGAUAAGAGAAAUUAUAUUGUAAUGAAAUAUAUUUUGAUAUUAGACCUAGGGUUGGCAGAUUUAAAUUGGUAAUUUAAAUCAACAUUUAUAUCAAAGGAUUAAAAAAAAUCAUUGAUUUAAAUGAAAAUUUACUUCUGCCCAAAGUAACAUGGAAUUUAAAGGAAAAAUAUGAAAAUAAACACAUAAUUACA